AUGAGCAACCGAAUCAGGAUCACACAAGAAUAAUGAAUGGAAACGCGUCGGAGCCAAGAAAGAAAGUCCAGCAGCAACUUCUCGAGUAGCGAUUUUGAAAGUUGGACGCGAAAGGAAAAGCUGAAAGUCGGGACCGUGGCGGAAAGCAGUAGAAAAAAAGAGCGGACUGGACCGGCCGGAAUAAAUGGCAUUUGGACUUAGGAAAGCGAGACUAGCGCACUGUCACUUUUUACAUGGAAGAAGUGGAUCCUUUGGAUUCUUACGUUGAUCACGUCACUGGAAUAUUUGGGAGAUCUGGAUUGGAUUAACUUGAAACAGUUUGGCGACGAGUAUAAUUACGAAGAUACGAAGAAAAAUGGGAAAUAUUGAAAGUGUGGACGGCCAGUCGGAGAUGAAGCAUCACAUUCUGCCUCUGAAGGUGCCCAUGCCGGACCCCACCGAGCUGGAGGAGAAGUUCGCCAUCGUUUUGAACUCUAUGAACCUGCCUCCAGACAAAGCCCGGCUCCUCAGGCAGUACGACAAUGAGAAGAAGUGGGACCUGAUUUGCGACCAGGAAAGGUUUCAAGUGAAGAAUCCACCUCACACUUACAUCCAGAAAAUCCGCGGCUACUUAGACCCCGGCGUCACCAGAAAGAAGUUCCGCAGGAGAGUACAAGAGUCUACCAAAGUCUUAAGGGAGCUGGAGAUCUCUUUGAGGACAAACCACAUUGGGUGGGUCCGGGAGUUCCUCAACGAUGAGAACAGAGGUCUUGACGUCUUGGUGGAGUACCUCUCCUUUGCCCAGUGCGCUGUCAUGUUGGAUUUUGAGGGGCUGGAGAAUGGCGAGGAUGGCGGCUUCUUGGACAAGGCCAAAUCUUGGAGCAGGUCCAUCGAGGAUUUGCACCAGAUGAGCCCUCAGCCCUUCUGCAACACGCUGGUGCGCUCGGCCCGCCAGUCUGUCCUCCGCUACGGCUCGCUCUCCGGCAGCAAAACCAUCAAGAACUCGAGACUCGUCAGCCAGAAGGAUGACGUGCACGUGUGCAUCUUGUGCUUGCGAGCCAUCAUGAACUACCAGUACGGCUUCAACAUGGUCAUGUCUCACGCGCAUGCGGUCAAUGAAAUUGCUCUCAGUUUGAACAACAAAAGCUCACGGACAAAGGCCUUGGUCCUGGAGCUGCUGGCUGCCGUGUGCCUGGUUCGAGGAGGUCACGAGAUCAUCCUGUCAGCGUUUGACAACUUCAAAGAGGUGUGUAAGGAGAAGCAUCGUUUUGAACGGCUGAUGGAUUUCUUCCGUAGCGAGGAGGGCAACAUCGACUUCAUGGUGGCUUGCAUGCAGUUCAUCAACAUCGUGGUCCACUCGGUGGAGGACAUGAACUUCAGAGUUCACCUGCAGUUUGAAUUCACCAAGCUAGGACUGGAUGACUACCUGGAGAAAUGUAAACACACCGAGAGCGACAAGCUGUCGGUGCAGAUCCAGGCCUACCUGGACAACGUGUUUGACGUGGGCGGCCUGCUGGAAGAUGCCGAGACCAAGAACGCGGCGCUGGAAAAGGUGGAGGAACUAGAGGAGCACCUGUCUCAUGUGACGGAGAAGCUUCUGGAGGUUGAGAAUGAAACCAUGAUGAAAGUGGCUGACUUGGAGAAGGUCCUCCUCCAGAAGGAUAAAGAUCUUCAAGCGAUUCGGGAGACGUACGAGUCGACCAACACGCAGGUCACCACCCUGAGGAGGGUGCUGAAGGAGAAGGACGCCGCCUUCCAGAGGCACUUCAACAUUGAGAGGCGGCUGCUGGAGCUGGAGCAGCAAGGCACCAUCCGCCUGCACAAGAAGCCCGAUGGCGACAUCGCCAUCGAGCCGCUCGGCGUCAGGGGCGAUGCGGCGGGCGCCGGCCUCGCCAUCCCCCUCGCCGACUUUGGGGCGCUACCUUUAGCCUCGGCGGCAGCCACGUCCGACCCGGGGCUACUCGAUUCCAGUUUGCCUCCGGCCAGUGAAGCUCCGCCCCCGCCGCCUCCACCGCCUCCGCCUCCUCCUCCACUUCCUUCGAGCACAAGUACGCCACCACCUCCUCCUCCACCUCCUCUGGCUCCUCCUCUGCCUGACGCUUCUCCUUCUGUCAUCCUGAGCGUGGGUCUCUCCGCUAUUCGAAUCAAGAAGCCCAUCAAGACAAAGUUCCGCCUACCUGUGUUUAACUGGACCGCCCUGAAGCCCAAUCAGAUCAACGGAACCGUGUUCAACGAGAUCGAUGACGAACGGGUGCUGGAGGAACUGGAUUUGGAGAGGUUCGAGGAUCUCUUUAAAACCCGUGCACAGGGUCCCAUUGUGGAUCUGUCAUGCACAAAAAGCAAAGUGGCUCAGAAGGCGGUGAACAAAGUCACGCUGCUGGACGCUAAUCGCUCCAAGAACUUGGCCAUCACGCUGAGGAAGGCAAACAAGAGCACAGAGGAGAUCUGCAAAGCCAUAGAGAAAUUCGACCUGAAGGCCUUACCGGUGGACUUUGUGGAGUGUCUGAUGCGCUUCCUGCCCACGGAAGCAGAGGUCAAAGUUCUUCGUCAGUACGAACGGGAGCGCCGUCCGUUGGAGCAGCUGGCCGAGGAGGACCGUUUCAUGCUCUCGUUCAGCAAAAUCGAGAGGCUCACGCAGAGGAUGAACAUCAUCACCUUUGUGGGCAACUUUGCCGACAACGUGGGCCUGCUCACGCCGCAACUCAACGCCAUCAUCGCCGCUUCCGGCUCCGUCAAAUCCUCGCCAAAGUUAAAACGAAUGCUCGAGAUCAUCUUAGCCUUGGGCAACUAUAUGAAUAGCAGUAAGCGAGGCUGCGUUUACGGCUUCAAAUUGCAAAGUCUCGAUCUGUUGCUGGACACCAAGUCGACAGACAGGAAAAUGACGCUGCUCCACUACAUCGCUCUCAUCGUGAAGGAGAAAUACGUGGAGCUGGCCAACUUCUACAAUGAACUGCACUUUGUGGAUAAAGCCGCAGCAGUGUCGCUGGAAAACGUUCUGCUGGAUGUGCGGGAGCUGGGUAAAGGCAUGGAGCUGAUCCGGAGAGAAUGCAGUCUCCACGACCACUCGGUCCUGAAGGCCUUUGUCCAGGCCAGUGAGACCCAGCUGGAGAAGCUGCAGCGGGACGCCAAGACAGCCGAGGAAGCCUUCAACAAUGUGGUCAACUACUUCGGAGAGAGCGCCAAGACCACUCCACCGUCCGUCUUCUUCCCCGUCUUUGUGCGCUUCAUCAAGGCCUACAAGGAUGCCGUGGAGGACAACGAACAAAGGAAGAAGCAGGAGCAAGCCAUGAGGGAAAAGUUACUGGCCCAGGAGGCCAAGCAGCAGAACCCCAAGGUUCAGGCCCACAAGAAGAGGCAGCAGCAGCAGGAGCUGAUCGCAGAGCUGCGCAAGCGCCAGGCUAAAGACCACCGGCCCGUGUACGAGGGCAAGGACGGCACCAUCGAGGACAUCAUCACAGUCCUGAAGAGCGUGCCCUUCACAGCCCGCACGGCUAAACGCGGCUCACGGUUCUUCUGUGAAGCCAACCUCUGCGACGACUCCAACUGCUAGCCCCUCCCCCUUUAACGCCAAGAUCUGCGAAACCAGCCUUACCUGCGAGCUGACGCCCUGAUCCGGAACGGUUGGAAGAGACCCUAAACCACUUAUUGAUCACUUAAACCGCCUGCCUUCCUUUGCUAUAACCUUCCUGGCCUUGUCAGCCGGCCGGGGCUGUAAAAGAAUAGGGGGGAGGAGGAGGGAGGGGGGUCAGAAUAUAGGCCUUGUUGUAGCUGGCUAAUUUAUUUAUUUAUAAAAGGCCUUUUUCCAGCCACUUUAAAAAAGUGAAGCACAAAGGAGCGUCGAGUGAGCUCGCAAGCCGGUGAGAGGAGCUGAUGGACUCAAUGAUGAUGCAGCCAUUGGGAUAUUUUCUUUUUUUUUUUUCCAAAGACUUUCAGAAAAACACGCUUGCCGUUGCAUGAUGGAUCCACGCGGUGGUCUCUCAAGCCACAGGUCGGGGGUUCCAGCCCCCCCCCUGGUGGUGAGUCUGCCCUUGAGCAAGAGGAAGGAAGCGGUAGCAAGUAGCGACAGCCUGUUUGCCGCCAAAAGUUGUUGCUUCAAAUGUGCCUUUGUUGUUAUGUCUUCAUAUUUGUAUCAUAUUUGGAAGAAUGUAUUUCCAUUGCCUAUGUUGUCGCCUUAUGACUCCAGAUGCCAAAGAGCAGUUCUUUCACAAUGCAGACGGAUCCAAAAAGUAGACGCUCUAGGACAGGUGUGUUGACCUCCAGUCCUCGGGGGCCGCGUUCCAAUAUGUUUUCCGAGUUACCCUCGUUAAACACACCUGAGUGAAAAGAUCAGUUCAUUUUGAUGCCCUGCAGGGGGCUAACUUUUGACACAGGUGCAUUUAACAAGGGGAUCUUGGAAAACAUGUUGGAACGCGGCCCUGAGGACUAGAGCUUGACACCUGUGGCCUUUGACCAUGAUAUUUCCCUAAUAAAGUGGCCUGUUAUUAGGGACACUUGAAAAUGGCGGGGUACCUAAUGGAGUGUCCGUGUGAGUCCCUCGUUAAGCGCACCUGCGUGAAAAGUUUUAGCUCCUGCAGAAGCGAAAAUGACCAAAAACUUCUCACGCAGGCGCGCUUAACGAGGGUCACUUGGAAAACAUGUUGGAACGCGGCCCCGGGGACUAGAGCUUGACACCUGUGACCUUUGACCAUGAUAUUUCCCUAAUAAAGUGGCCUGUUAUUAGGUACACUUGAAAAUGGCGGUGUACCUAAUGGAGUGUCCGUGUGAUUCCCUCGUUAAGCGCACCUGCGUGAAAAGUUUGAGCUCCUGCAGAAGCGAAAAUGAGCAAAAACUUUUCACGCAGGUGCGCUUAACGAGGGUCACGUGGAAAACAUGUUAGAACGCGGCCCCGGGGACUAGAGCUUGACACCUGUGACCUUUGACCAUGAUAUUUCCCUAAUAAAGUGGCGUGUUUUUAGGUACACUUGAAAAUGGCGGUGUACCUAAUGGAGUGUCCGUGUGAUUCCCUCGUUAAGCGCACCUGCGUGAAAAGUUUGAGCUCCUACAGAAGCAAAAAUGACCAAAAACUUUUCACGCAGGUGCGCUUAACGAGGGUCACUUGGAAAACAUGUUGGAAUGCGGCCCUCGAGGAUUGGAGUUUGACACCCCUGCUCUAGGAUGUUUUCCCGUUUCUUUCGGCAGAAGUGAUCCUUUUUUUUUUAACAAUAUAUAAAGAUGAUCAAUUAACGUACAAUCAAAUCGACAUUUACUUGAAAAAUGAUCCUGCAUCGAUGAUUUUCUUUGUAAUAAAGAAUGAUGGAAAAAAAAUUUUUUUUUUUAUGAUUAGCUCAUGAAUCCCUCAAUGACUUUUUUUUGUUCCGUGUUUUGCGCCAUCCCAGACGUCUUCAAAUGACAGACAUGAGUCACCGUACAGUUCUACUAUAAAAAUCCAUUUAAUUUCUUAUAUCAAAAAGAAAGAGAAUCAUAAAAACAAUCAGAACCACACAGAUCCAAGUGGGUUUCUGCUAACAAAUACACUUUUCCAACUCAAUGAUUGUUCUGAUUGACAUGUUCAGAUGUUAAAAAAGAAAAAAAGAAAAAUGAGAACACUGUUAAACGAAGGCUUUCCACAUUUGUCUGACAAAUUCAGGGCCCCGCAAUCGAAGCAGCGCGAACAUUCUCCAGACAGAUGGUUAGCAUUAGCAGCGCGCCGAAGGCUCGAACAAAAGGAAUGCUUAUCGGGAAGCUACAUCCUGGGAAUGAACGAGGACCCGAAUUAAUUACACGUAAUGAUGAGGAAAAAAAACAAACAUCCAAUGGUAACCCUGGCUGGCCUUUCCUCAGAAAACAGUUGCGGUCAACACAGAAGGAAUAAAAGCAAAAAAGUCAACAAUUGUCACAAAAUGAUUGUGUGUGUUUUAACAUAUGGUAAGUCUGUUGUCACCUUCUAGAACAUAAAUUGCCUCUUACAGUAAUCCAAGGCCACAGUGUUGAUUCCAGAUGUCUCAUCCUGGAACGUUACAAUCAUCAGCACUCAUUCACUCAUUCACUCACACGUGAAUUGUUACAAAUGUUCCCGGGUACACUUUGUUAAUAGCUUUGCAAGUAUAUACGUAUAUAUAUCUAUAUCACUAUAUCUGGUCUAGAUGCAAAUAUAUGGAACUGUUGUGACAUAAAAGACUUGAAUGUUGAGCUCAGAUGCAAAAACAAAACAUGUUGGACGUGAAAGCGACACGCACGUCUUUUCAUCCACAGCGGAAAUGUUUCGCUCUUUGCCCGC